UUUUGAUCCCCAUGGGAGAGAGACAGCUCCUCAAUCAGUAUCCUAAAAUAGCUGGCUGUUCUCAGCUGCUGGGCUGGAGUCCCUCCAGGGGAGAGCAAAGGGAACACAAAUCCACCCGCUGGGUGUAAGUGAGGAGCCACCACAACAUGAGCUAGGAGAGGCUUCUCAAGAAGAUCCUGCUUACUCAAAAAACCUUUCUUCUUCUUCUCCUUUUUUUUUAAUUGAGAAGAUAGGUGUUUGCCAUUUUUUAAUUAUUUUAUUUAAAGGGAAGCCGGUGACUUGAAAAUGAGACUAAAUAUUGCCAUCUUCUUUGGAGCUCUCUUUGGUGCUUUGGGGGUUUUACUCUUUUUGGUGGCUUUUGGAUCGGAUUAUUGGCUUCUUGCAACUGAAGUGGGGAAGUGUUCAGGUGAACAGAAUAUAGAGAACGUCACUUUCCACCAUGAAGGAUUCUUCUGGAGAUGUUGGUUUAACGGGAUUGUGGAAGAGAAUGAUUCCAGUAUCUGGAAGUUCUGGUAUACUAAUCAGCCACCAUCCAAAAUCUGCGCACAUGCUUACCUGUCACCAUACCCCUUCAUGAGGGGUGAGCACAACUCGACCUCCUAUGAUUCUGCUAUUAUUUACCGUGGUUUCUGGGCAGUCCUGAUGCUUCUGGGGGUCGUCGCCGUGGUGACUGCGAGCUUUUUGAUCAUCUGUGCAGCCCCCUUCGCGAGCCACGUUCUCUAUAAAGCUGGUGGAGGCGGGUACAUUGCUGCAGGCAUCCUGUUUUCCCUGGUGGUGAUGCUGUAUGUCAUCUGGGUCCAGGCAGUGGCUGACAUGGAAGGCUACAAAAACAUGAAAAUGAGAGACUGCUUGGAGUUCACCCCUUCUGUUCUGUAUGGCUGGUCAUUUUUCCUGGCCCCGGCAGGGAUAUUUUUUUCUUUGCUAGCUGGAUUACUGUUUCUAGUUAUUGGGCGGCAUAUACAGAUAUAUCACUAAUCAAACCGUUGCCACCAGCGUUUUCUUGAGAGGUUUUAAAAUGGAGCAUUUUUUUUCAUUUUGGUUUGGUGAUCCCAGCAUAGAGUUAGUUGAUGAGCUUUUUAGUUGGUAUUUGAAUUUUGCUUUUACAUUUUGCUUGUGAUUUCUUCUGAUAGGAAAGUCCUAGAAUCUUUCCAGACAUCCAUGUUUCCAUCCUCUGUAGGUGCUAUCAAGAGCCUAGUUCUCUAACGAGCAGGUAACAUGGGCCUCCCUCUCAUUGCACCUGUUAGAGCUCACGCAGGUUACAAAGGCCUGAUAAUGGCGUAACGCCACCCCCAGGGCCACUGAAGCUUUGAUUUAAAGCUUCCUUCUCGGCAUUCACUUCUGCUGCUAUUUUAAAAAAAAAUCUUUGGAGAAUAAUUAAGAAUGGACAACAAGUGUUGUCAGGGAACUUACUCCAUUUCUUCUCCACAUACACACAUGUAUCUCCACAUACACAUUACUGACUCCCGUAAGCCAAUUAUUUAUGACUUAAAAGUAGAUAGCAGUGUGCUUGUGGCAAGAGCCAGGCAAACCCAUCAGUUCAAAUGGGCCACAACCAGACUGAGGACGCGUGCUUACUCCAUUCUCUUACCAACAGGAGUUUGGUCACCUAAUUGUGUUCCCUUAAUUGUGCAUGCUUACAUAAACCAUAAACUAUGUUUUAAAGUGGCAAAUCUGUACACCAAAUUACAUAUAAUAUAGAUUGUGUUUUUAGGAGCUCAGUGGAUUAAUUGUAAUAUGUAAUAUGGUUGAAAAUAUGUAAAAACCAGGCACCUUAGCUUAGUACUUAGUUCUGUUUGAUAUUUUAAAAUUCCUCUUUAAAAUUAUAUGCUAAUAUGUUCAGCAUGUGAAAAUUUAUUGAUGAAAUGUGCUUUUAAUAUGCACAAGCUAUAACCUUUCAAAAUAUUUCCAUAUGAAAUGAUAAUAGCCUUGCUUUAUUAAAGACUAUGAAAUAUUAGCUUUUCCCAAGGUUUUAUGGGUUGUAGUUCUUCUGAUCAUUUGAUUCCCUUAAUUAUUGUCUCUCAGUUUCUUCAUCUUACAACAGGUAUUUUAACAUUUACUGAAUGAUAGUUCUUUUAACCUCUUGUAAAAAAAACUUGGUGCUGGUUGGGGGGUAAUUCUUUCUUACUUGCUAGUGUAGACAUGCAGACAUUUUGCAUAUCAAAGAUGUUUGUUUGGCACUAAUUUUGAUUGAAAUCAAAUCCAUCUGAGAAGCCCACGUUGCAUUUGCAUUUUGGAAACCUCCACAGAGGAGCAGUUUGGUGUUGGUGAGGGAACAGAGAACCCGCAUGGUAUGUGAGCUUUGUUCUGGGCACAGCGUUUUACUCUGCAGCUGUUGUGAAUACCUAAGGCAGGACUAAGAGGCAAAUUAGGAGUGACCACCUAGAAGAUGCUGGGGUAUAGAGGGGCAGUUGCUUUCCAUUCAGCUGUUCCCCUGAUGGAGAGAUUGCCGUCUUCUCCACACAUCUGUACUUUCCAUUAACCUGUUCCGGUGGGAGGGAUUUCUGGAGGAAUAGCCAUGCUCUGAGGUAUCUGCAGAAUCAUGAGGGCAUUUUAGUGUUUAGGGACAGAUAGGACUAGCAUGUGAUAAAAACAAAACACAAAAAUAUAAGACAAAAAAACAAAGCUUCAGGGGUUUAACUGGUUUCUCAAGCCAUCAGAGUUAUAAACAUUUUUUGUGGUACUCGCCUUUGUCUUUUUCUGUUUUCAUUUUUAUAUUGCCCCAUUUACUUCUUUGCUUUUGGCUUGAUUAUUAGAAAAAUAAUUAUGGGUUCUGUUAUGCAUAUUUACUCUGAUAUUAAGUUAUGGCAUGCCAUUAAGUUUUCCAGACGAUGCUAGAUGUAUUUGAUUAGUUCAUGUCAUCUGUAAAUACAAUUCCUUUUUGUAGAACUUUGGAAUGGAGCCUUUUUUCUGAUGUAUUAUAUGUCAUUUAAAUUUCACAUACAAGCUGCUUUCAGUAAAGGUUUGAAUAUUUAUAAAUUUCAGAUGGUUAUCCUCAUUUUCUAAUACACUUAUCCGGCUACCAUAUAUUUAUCAUAAGGCAAUUGGCUGAAUAUCUGAUUUGUAUGACACUUUUACACAGAUACAUACUUUGGAAGUAUUUCAUAGUUGUAAUGCAUCAAUCACAUUAAUUCAGAUGCAUUUCCCGAUCUACUUACCAGCAAUCCGUGGAAAGAAGGAAGGUGAGUUGUGUGUGCUGUGUCAAUAAGUAAUAUAUUUGAAAAUAGCAGAAAUAUGCAGUAUAUUCUUGUAACAGCCUUGUCUGAUUUGGGAUAGUAUGUGUAUCUCUGUUCGUUGUAUUGACUAAUUUUCAGAAGCUUCCAAACACUGUGUUGAAACCUUUUUUGAGAGUGUUGAUUUUGUAUCAUAAAGUUUCAAUGUAACAAAUAUGAUAUCUUUUUGGUGACAUUCUGGAAAGAGUGAAGUAGGAGGGCGGUGAGUCAUGCCCUUGGACUUUGGGGAAAGCUAUGAUCUUUCCAUAUUGUAUUUUUUUAGGGGUUCAGUCAGUUGGGCAGCAAGUAGCAUAUGCCCCGAGACUAACUGGAAAAACCGUACAGAGAAGCUGAAUGAUGGUGUUCAAUUUAGGGGUUGGGGGUAGGACUUAAAAAAAAUACUACUAGUAUGCUGUUACUGGCCAUUUAGCCACUUUUAUGACUAAUGUAUGAAAUGUAUUAUUGAAUUUGAAUAUUAAAUCCAAUUAUAAAGA